UUAAGAUGCUUCAGUUUAACAAGGUCUUACCACUUUCUCUGGGUUGCGCAAGAAGAUGGGUCACCCGCAGAUUCAUGUCAACACUGAACACUCAGGAGGAGAGAAAGUACGAUUCGACAUGUAACGAUGUUGGCAGCGUCAAUGUUCCUAACCCAUAUAUUCCAAAUUUUGCAGGUGAAAAUAUCAAACCGCUGCAAUGGAAAAUGUACACUAAAAGUCACAUUCCAGCCAUAUUGAACACAUACUGGCCUCGAGGGGCUCAGUCAGUGGACCCUCUGCCAUACCUAGCAGCGGCAUCCGUUCUGCCGAUGCGCACAAACAAUUACGUGGUUACUCAGCUGAUCGACUGGUCUGCUGUACCGGAUGAUCCUAUGUUUCAACUCACCUUUCCACAACCAGGAAUGGUGUCACCUGACGACCUACACAACAUCCUGAAUGCCAUGCGUGAUAAUAAAAGUCGGGUUUCUCUUCGAAAAAAAGUGGAAAAAAUUCGAACAUCCAUGAAUCCGCAUCCAGCCAACCAGAAAACUAUGAAUGUGCCACGUGAGAACGGCGAAGAGCUGCCAGGGAUGCAGCACAAAUAUCGAGAAACGGUUCUCUUCUUUCCUGCCGAAGGUCAGUGGUGCCACACGUUCUGUACGUAUUGUUUCCGUUGGGCCCAGUUUACCGCGGUUGGAUCUCCGCAAGCCUUCCAGUCAUAUGAUUCUGAGAAACUGGCAAGUUAUAUUCGAAAACACAAAGGAAUAAGAGAUGUUUUAUUUACCGGUGGUGACCCUAUGGUGAUGACAACAAAACAGCUUGAAAGAUACAUCCACCCACUCCUCCAGGAUCCAACACUCGACCACUUAAGGACUAUCAGGAUUGGUACCAAGUCUCUUGCUUAUUGGCCUUACCGUUAUGUCACAAAUGAUGACGCUGACGAUUUACUACGGCUGUUUGAAACAGUCACUAUGUCCGGUCGACAUCUUGCCAUCAUGGCUCAUGUGUCCCACCCCCGUGAACUCCAAUCACCUGUCGUCAGGGAAGCCAUCCGACGGAUACGCAUGACCGGAGCAGUCAUUCGCUCUCAGGCUCCAUUGAUCCAUCAUGUCAAUGCAGACCCGUGGGUCUGGGUUGAAAUGUGGCAGACCCAGCUCUCUCUCGGCAUGAUUCCUUAUUACAUGUUCGUAGAGCGGGACACUGGUGCUAAACAUUAUUUUGAAGUUCCACUGGUCGAGGCCUCACGAAUCUAUCACGAAGCUAUUCGGCGAGUUUCCGGAGUUGCGAGAACGGUGCGCGGUCCGUCCAUGUCCGCUGCUCCAGGAAAAGUACAUUUGUUAGGAACUGCAGAAGUUGCCAAUGAAAAGGUAUUCGUCUUGCAAUUCCUUCAGGCACGAAAUCCUCAAUGGACUGGACGACCGUUUUUUGCAAAAUACGACAAGAGAGCAGCAUGGUUGGACCAGUUAAAACCGGCGUUUGGAGAAGAGCAGUUUUUUUACGAGAAUGAGCUCAAAGGGUUAGAGGACGCUGAAAAUUCCUCAGGAGUUCUCUUUCAGUAUCAAUAAAUUGUCCAGUUCCGAAAGAGAAAAGAAAAGAGUUUAUUAACAGCAACCAAUUCGCAAAUUCAAUUUCUUUUCUUCUCGAUUGGUUCCUUUCACGCUCAUCAACAAUCCCUGUGAUAAACGACCGCUUAGUUCAGGGUGAUACAGUCCCGCUUUACAGUCAAUAGCAUUCAACUAACUAAUCAGCUUGAUUUAGUUUAAUUAGUCAGUAGCAGCUUAAUGUGAGUUCCUUGAUACCAGAAUCAUCUAAGAAAGUUUCCAGCCUCGAAAUGUCUUUGGUAGAAAUUUAGAUAAGGAGAGUCAUUAUAAUAGCACACUUACUGCGUGACAGAUUUCUUCCAACUAUAUUUAAUAUUGAGUCCUUAAAUACUACAGCUGUUGUUCUCUCAUUAGUAAGUCGAUCUAUUCUCAACUCUGAUACUUUAAUAUUUUGGCCUUGAAAGGCUCGGUGGCAAUCCACGUUAUUUACACAUUAUAAUUGCAUAAUUUGAUUCUCGUUUUGUACAUACAAGUGUAUUCCCUGUACAUAUAAUACACAGGCAGACGAUAGCGUGACCAAUUAUCGUGCUAGUCACGCCAGGUCUGAGUAAUGUUAUCUCAGCUGUAAAUGAAAAUUUUCAGAUGACGUCUUUUCGUCCACUUCUACGUUCCGGUUUUUCAUCUAAUCAUUGCAAAUUCUCUCCGCUAAAAGUUUGAUUCCAAUGUGGGUAAUAAACUUUCUAAAAUAACUCAUUCAAAGCCUUCGUUAAAACCAGGAUUCCGUAACACUUUCAUUA